AUCACUCCGCAUUCCCCAUCUCCACGAGUCAAAAGCAAAGGGAAAACAGCGAGCAAAAGAAAAGAUGAAGAAACAUCAUCAUCAUCAGCAUCAUUAUCACUCAUCUAAUAUGUUGAAUGGGUCAGGGUAGUAGUUCAUCAGAUGCUUCGGUUUCGUAUAGCUGAAACGAGUUGACUUGCAAAGCGGCCUCAUUUCAGGGAAGAGGUGGGAGAAAGGGAAUUGGGAGGGAGACGGGUAGAGACUAGAGAUGGGUCUCCUCAGCAACAGAGUGGAAAGAAGUGAGAUCAAAGCAGGAGACCACAUCUACACUUACAGAGCUGUAUUCGCUUACUCUCACCAUGGUAUCUUUGUUGGGGGAAGCAAAGUGGUUCAUUUUACGCCCAGGCAUGAUGCAAAUUCCAGCACAGAGACUUCUGCCAACUCCUAUGAAGAAAAAUAUGACCUCCCCUCAUCCUGUCCCACGUUUCCUGACUGUGGAUUCAGACAACCCAAUAGUGGAGUGGUACUCACCUGCCUCGAUUGCUUUCUUCGGAAUGGAUCACUUUACUCCUUUGAAUACGGUGUUACCCCAUCUGUUUUCCUUGCCAAAGUACGAGGUGGCACUUGCACCACUGCAAUGCCAGAUCCACCUGAAACAGUCAUUCACAGAGCUAUGUAUCUGCUUCAAAAUGGGUUCGGAAAUUAUGAUGUGUUUCAGAACAACUGUGAGGACUUUGCUUUGUACUGUAAAACUGGCCUUCUGAUAGUUGAGAGGUCGGGAGUUGGAAGAAGCGGGCAAGCUUCUUCCGUUGUUGGAGCUCCUUUAGCUGCCCUGCUUUCUUCCCCUCUGAAGUUGUUGAUGCCAAGCCCAAUUGGUGUGGCUACAGUAACAGCUGGGAUGUAUUGCAUGAGCAGGUAUGCUACUGAUAUUGGUGUCCGAUCUGAUGUUAUCAAGGUAGCAGUGGAGGAAUUGGCUGAAAACCUUGGGUGGGGAGAAGGUGGUGACAAAGAAGAGGACAACGGUGUCACUGACCAACUGAUUGUCAUGUGAUACGAAUUUCAUGGGUUUCAACAUUGAAGCUGUGUACAUAGUCUAGCCCUUAGCAAAAUAAGUGGGUAAUUUGCAUUAAUAAACUGCAGAACCAUUAGGUAGUUUUCGUUAUGACAGUUGUGUCAUGUGUGGUCCAAAAAUUGCCUCCUGUUGGCAUAUGUUGUUCCAUUGAUGUUAUAUUUAUAAAGAGAAUGAAUGAAGUUCUUGUUAUUUGUGA